UAAAUGAACUUGGUUAUACUGGUAUCAUGAACCAUAACUUGUUACAGUUCAAACAAAUGGCUGCAAAACAAGUAAUCCUUUCAUUUUCUCUGAUAUUUUCUUUGGCAUUCAUCCCUUUACUUAUAUUUUCUGCACAAGCAGUUCCAUUAGAAAGGUUGAAUUCUUUAAGAGUUAUCAAAAGUGUGAAUAAAAAUGGUCCUUUUCUUGGUCUUAUCACAGUCUAUGCACCAGAAGAAGAAGCUUUCUUUAGUACUGGUGUCUUUAGGCCUGAUUCUAGACACCCCUUUGUUGAUUUAUCAGGUAGACGUUUCCAGAUUGGGAAGGUUGCAGGAAAGAAAGUUAUUUAUGUGAAAUGUGGAGUUGGAUUGGUGAAUGCAGCAGCAGCAACACAGCAAAUGUUGGAUCUGUUUGACAUAAAAGGAGUAAUCCAUUUUGGUAUUUCUGGUAAUGCCAACAGUUCUAUGCACAUUGGAGAUGUCACAAUCCCAUAUCAAGUUGCACAAACAGGGCUUUGGGAUUGGUUGAAACCAAAUGCAACUUUGGAACCAAAUGAUUUUGCUCAAUUUGAUUUCAAGAAUUAUAAUGCACCAAAAGGAGGGGAUAACAAGUUGGGGCAUGUUGGUUAUAGCACUGAGCAGUUUUACUCAACUUCAGGGGAGGUCAAUGUACCUCAGAGGCCAGUUUGGUUUAAUAUAACCAAGAAUUGGCUUAAUGUAGCCUCUCAUUUGCAGGGGAUGAAACUAGAGCAAUGUGCAAAUUCAACUUUGUGCCUUCCACAAAAGCCUAAAUUAGUUGUUGGACUUAAGGGGGCAACUUCAAACUUUUUCAUUGACAAUGCAGCUUACACAGAUUUCCUUUUCAAAACUUUUGGGGUUACAUCACUUGACAUGGAAAGUUCAGCUGUUGUAAUGGCUUUGGAGUUUGGAUCUGUUUGACGCCGCUUGCCAGACGAGAUCAGACGACAAAAAUUGGACAACGACGAAGAGGGAGCAGGGGUGAUGUCAGCGACGGGAUCGGAGACAUCGGCUGGUGGGGGAACGUUGGAGGUUGGGGACGAAGGGGGUAUUUGUAUUUUAGUGGAAAUAAUACUAUAUAGCUGAGGUGGACAGUGAGGUGGACAAAAAAAAUAUGUGGCACGAUUUAUAAUGGUUACUUUUGCCACGUAGACGGAGAUUGCGGAACACGCGCUUGGUUAAUUAAUAAACCAGCAAAAAACGUGUCUAAUUGGUAUGAGAAUUGCCUAAGGAACGUGUCUAAUUGGAAAGAGGCCUAGUUUAAGUGUCUAAGUGAAAGAUUGUGCCAACUUUAGGUGUCUCCGUAUGUACUACGCCGUCUAAUAAUAGUGGAUAAGUAACAUGAAAAAUAAGGUAAGUUACAUGUUAAAACACAUAAUUUACAUGUUAUAAGUUACAUCCACCUAUAGCAACAUGUAACUAUCCAACAAAUUCUUCGCAGUGUCAGUGUAUAUAAGUUACAUGUUACAUGUUAAAACACACAACUAAUUUUUCAUCUUUUUUUUCCUUUUUGCAGCUUGGCCAGACAGACUAUUAGACUGAAUCCUUGUUGAAAUUAUGGGUUCAUAAUUGAAUAUUUGUUGAAAGUUUUUUAUUUUCACAAUAUUUUAGGGUCCGUGAUCCAUAUUCUACAAACUCUAUCCGCCUUUCACAAUAUUUAACUGUCUAUAAAUAGUGGAUAAGUAACAUGAAAAAUAAGGCAAGUUACAAGUUAAAACACACAACUAAUAUACAAAUUCUUCGCACUGUCAUUGUAUAUAAGUUACAUGUUACAUAUUAAAACACAAAAAUAAAAUUUCAUCUUUUCUUCCUUUUUUCUAUUUUCUGUAGACUUAAAUUUGUUUGUUUAUUUGAACUAAUAGCUCAAUUUUGGUGAUUUU